AUGCUGACAGACGAACAAGACAUAUUCAAAGAUGUUCUACCAAAACUAAUGGGAACCAUCCGUGCAGCGACUGCAUUGGCUGCACAAGAUGUAAACUUUUACAAGUCGGUUGAUUCCAACACUAGCCAAGAGAUUGAUAAGCGAGGGAAGAAUCUCUUGACCGUUACGAAUGACUUAUUGAGAACUGCUUCGUCCCAAACGAACCCCGUAGAUCCAAUAAUUUUUGGCCAGGAAAACAUAUCAAGCGAGUCGUCGUGGAACCCUGUCAGCAACGUGAUUGAUUCAAUAUUUGAAAAGAUUGAUUACACAUUUGACCUGAUUAACAAGAAGCAAACUGGUGGAGAACAAAAGCAAUACUUGGAAGAUGGAAACAGUCUGAUACCAAGUGGUCAAGCUCAGAGAAUUGAGAAGCCGCAGUUGAAGUUUAAAAUACCAGUGGAUAAUUCUGAACAAGAACCGUUCAAGCCAAAAAUCACAAUUAAGCCAAAUGCUUUGCAACCCUUGGAAGCAGUGAACAAACUCACGAACCCGGCACCUAUUUAUGAAGAUUCAAUAGAAGUGGUUGAUCCUCCUUACUACGUGCAUCCAUAUGAGUAUGAAAUUGAUACCCAACCCUACCCUGAAUCCAUUUUGCAAAAGUCAGAGCCAAUUUUGCCCCAGGAUUGGAGUAGCACCAGUGCAAUAUGGAUUGACACAAAAGAAAGUCUAAAUGAAAUGAUUGAGGAAUUGCUGCUGCUGUCGGAGAUAGCAGUUGAUUUAGAACAUCAUGACUACAGGUCUUAUUAUGGUAUUGUAUGCUUAAUGCAAAUCUCAAACCGUGACAAAGAUUGGAUUAUAGACACUUUAGUUUUGAGAGAUGACCUAUCGGUGUUGAACAAGAUUUUCACCGAUCCGAAGAUUGUCAAAGUGCUUCAUGGUGCAUUUAUGGACAUAAUAUGGUUGCAACGUGAUUUAGGAUUGUACAUUGUUUCCUUAUUUGACACUUAUCAUGCAUCGAGACAAUUGGGGUUUUCUAAGUUUUCGUUGCAAUACCUACUCGAUACUUUUGCCAAUUUUAGAACUUCCAAGAAGUACCAGUUGGCUGAUUGGAGAAUAAGGCCGUUGCCUAAGCCAAUGUUGGCAUAUGCUAGAUCAGAUACGCAUUUCUUGUUAUACAUUUUCGAUCAACUUCGUAACAAAUUGAUUGACAGUGAUAAACUCGCUCGGGUGUUGUUUGACUCAAGGCAGGUUGCCAAAAGGAGAUUUGAGUACACCAAAUUUAGACCUUUGUCAAACAAUCUCGGAAGCAAGGUCUCAUGUCCGGUAAUGUCAUCAAAUCCGAAUGAGCCAUGGGGCUCGAUAAUGUACCAAUACAAUGUGCCAUCAUUUAAAAGACCGGUUGUUGAGCAAUUGUACAAAUGGAGAGACUUGAUUGCUAGACAGGAAGACGAGUCAGUGAGAUACAUCAUGCCAAAUCAGUUGUUGGUGUCUUUGGCCACCUUAGAGUCUCCCGUGGAUGCCGGGAAGGUUCUUAAUGUACCUUCGUACGUUUCUGAGCAUGUUCGAUUAAAUGCAAGGGAACUAGCAGAAUUGAUUGACAAAACAUUGAAGGAAAGUGAACAAAAUGACUGGGCCAUAGUUGACAGGUGGAAUAACCAAUCUUCGGUUGAAGUGGAGGAACAGAAAGUAGAUAUUAAGGCUGUCAAUGUAUUUUUAGAAAAGUUGUUAUCAGACUCUGCUGCAUUGUUUACAGAGGGUUCGUUAUUGAAUAGCAAGUCAUCAGUAGUUAUUCCGAGCGUCAGUGUAACGCGGAACAUCACUUAUGAUUUCACUGAUAAAGGGGUCAAGCAGCACAACUUUGACAAAGAGGAGCAAAACCGUUUCGACUACGUGUGGAAAAAGCUAACCGACAUAAGUGACACCGCAUCGAUCACAGACAAAGAGUUGGAAGUGGAGAUUGAAGCAGAGGAGGUUACUAAACCAGUAGAGCUUCUGGAAGCAGGCAAUACUGAAGAUAAGCCUAAAUCCGGACAGCAAAUAUUGUUUAGUAAAAAUGACGACAUUAAUCCUGAUGAGUUGAUAGCGCUUCGAAAAACCAAUAAGAAUGUUAAACGAAAGAAUAGUCAACUCGCACAAGAGGAUGAACCAAGCAUAGACUAUGCCAAUGCAGAUAAAAUUCUCAUUGAUCCUAAAAGGAGUGAGAAGAGAAAGAAGAGAUCUUUUGAUCCCUAUGGGAAAGAUGCAGCCGGACCAAGGCCAGCCAAGAAAAAGAAGGUUAUGGCAGAAGGCAAGACUUCUACGUAUAAGUUGAAACAAAGUAGGUCCAAGAAGUAA